UGAUGCAUAAUAAUUUGUAGGUGGUGGGCCAUGCCAUAUGCGCGAACGUUGUGGCAGCAUGCCUUCUCGGAGCCGCACAAGCAGUGAGGGAUCUGUCCAGAAUGUUCCAAACAAGUUACAGGGCCCUAAUUGCCCCCACCAAAUGGAUGGUCCCAUGGCGAGCUCGCUCUGCCUUCACGUCACACGACCUAAGUCUAUGUACUCCUCUUCUCUAUCAUCGUCGUGCUCUCCGCCUUAUGCUUCUGCCUUGUUCAGAACCUGGAAUGUCGUGUGUUCAUGCACGUACUACAGAUCAGAUCUGUCCUAGUUCAAGUGAGUCAAUGGAAUCCACAGCUUCUACAGAUGAUUUUGAAGGUCUACACUCACAGCCUUCUGACAACAAUGCUGAAGGCCCCUAUGGUUGUGAGGAGAGUUACAUGGCCAUGGGACCGAGACGGACGGUAGAGACCAGUACCAACCACCAGCACCGGGAGCUUCAUCUGCCUCCAUUUUCUCUUCCUAUCAUCAGUGCUCAUCCCAUGAUUUCUUCACAAAAUAAAGGUCUAGUAUCACCAGUCAGUGGCAGUAGUACGGAAGGUCCUUGCAUAUCUUCCCCUCAAGACAACUAUCUGGAGAUGGCCAGUCCUUCUGAGCGUGUGAAUGCUGCUCUUGUCGGAUCUCAUCCAGAACGAGGGAGUUAUCUACGUAUGGACCGGGCCCAGGCCCAACUACAAGGGAACUCAGGACCAGAGAGCUCUGGAUAUUUGUCAAUGGGGCCACUCAGUUCUCCUGGAUCUCUCCUUCCAGCCUGGCCAUCACACUCCUCUAGUCAGGUAUCAUCACCACCUCACUCAGCCAACCACUCACGCAUCCCCAGCCUGGUGGAUGAUACCAUGGACAGCUACCUAUCUAUGGUACCUGGAGGUCAUUUGGGAGAUGCUGCUGUUGGUGAGACCUUUGUCCGGGAACGAUCAGAGGGAUACUUGGACAUGACACCUACACCUGCUGUUCCUACACCUAUCCCUUACAGCCCAUCUGAUGGUGACUCCUUUCCUGAGAUGUCCCCUGGUAGCAGCUGUUCAUUUACAUCUGGAACACCUUCAUCUGAUCAUCGCUUUCCUGAUUUCAUAGCUGAAAAAACUGGAAGUGGUUCAUAUUAUGGCUAUUCUGAAGAUGAUGAUUCCUCACUUGACCGACCUAUUAGAACCAAUUCAGUUGGGUCCAAACCUGAACAGUUUAGAAGUCGGAAAAAUAGGUAAGCCCUAUUAUAUAAUAUGUGA